AUGGAAAACGAAGCGACCGGAGAAGUCGCGGUCAUGCUGCCUCCGAAAAACUGCCUCCCGAGAAAUUACAGUUGCAUCGCGGGCUUGUUUGGGAGCCUGACCGCAAACCAGAAGAUGGAUGACGGCGAGAAAACUGAAGGCGAGGAGGAAGAGGAGGAGGAGGAGGAGGACGUGACCGGUGAGUGCGAGCCGUUAGAAAUGCGCGUUGUAGAUGAGAGGCCGAGGGGUCGGGAAUCCCUACCGAAGCCGCCGCCGAGUCCCGGCCUGCGCCGCCGGUGCAAAUCCUUACCGAGCUCCGCCGAGAGAGCCAAACUGGAAGUGGCGCGGAUCUGUAGCCCGUCCAGCCAGAAGAAAGUGCGCUUCGCCGACUCGCUCGGUCUGGAGCUCAUCACCGUGCGCCACUUCGACGACACCGACGUGCCUGUAACACCAGACCGUGUCAUGGACAAGUUCAAAAAGGCAAGAGCUCUCCACCUGAACAACUUCGAGCAGUCAAACGGCUUGACGCAGUCCACCUUCGUGGAGACGCUGUUCACGACCCCGGGCUCGCAACCCGACUUCGAGGAGCGUCUGCAAAGCUCCAAGGUGCUGCUGGAAUCCGUGGAGACCGACGAGUUCAGCGUCUCUGGUGUCGUGCGUGUCCUGAACUUGGCGUUUGAGAAGUGCGUGACACUGAGAUACUCGCUCAACAACUGGUUAACCUUCAUGGACGUUCCGGCCUCCUACGUGCCGCAGUCGUGCGACGGUGUCAGUGACAAGUUCCACUUCAAGAUCGUCACGCCGGCGUUCUUCGAAGGAAGCGGCAGCCUCCAGUUCGCCGUCCGCUACUGCGUCGGGACGGACCAGUUCUGGGACAACAACGACGGCAAAAACUACAAAGUGCGACGCCACAGAUUCAAAAUCUCGCCUCCGCGCGAAUGGGAUAACGGCUGGAUCCACUUCAUCUAGAUCCACUGUGUGUGAUUAGAGGAGAAUGAUCAUUAGUGCCUGCGUUGUGUCUGUGGAGCCUGCACUGAAUCCCACAGGGCUCCACAUAUAGUGUACCAUAGGCUACUAUACAGUGUGUGUAACUGAUGUAUUCUAAAUAGGGAUGCACUUUUUCUGUUCCAUAUCAAGGCUAAGAGUAUCAUCUGAUACUGAUCUGAUUAAAUCGGCCCACAAUAUUGCACCCACUUGGGCUGAGUCCGGAAUGGCUCAUACUGGUCAGAUAGGGCAUUAGGUAGGGUGAAGACAUCACAGGAUUAUUAUGCACCUCCGGACGAGUGCAAAAGUUUGCAUGGCUUAUUGUUUUCUAUUCUCAAAAUUCCCCGUUCGUAUAGAUUUUUUUUUCUAAGAGUCCGUGAGUAAAGCCGGCUGUUCACUGUGCGUCGUUUAAGAUUAUUACUUCAUCAUGAUUCCUGAAAAAUAUUGACAGAAUUCUAUAACAUUUCAAGAUCAUUAUUAUUAUUAUUAUUAUUAUUAUUAUUAUUAUUAUGCUCUGAGUGGAAAAGUAUAUAUUUUUUUAUCUGUUUGCACAUUUUGUUUAUAUUUUCUCAUCACCACUAGCGUAUCUACUGUAUACCUGUCCCAUGAGUUUUGCCUCAUCUGACACCGUCUUCCUACUGGUGGCUUUCAGACGAGCAUCAUAGCUGCAGCGCUCACGCUCUUUACUGUCGGUCAUCUCUGGUCUCAGUGCUACAAAAUCCACCGAUAGAUAAUGUGAGCAGGUCAUGUUUUGAUUUCUUAGACCAUCGAUCAGUCUGCAGCACAAACCCGGUUUUAUCCUAAUGCACCGUCAUCUUUAGUAUCAAUCCCUCCAUUUAAAUUAGCCUGUUCUAAUUAAUUAAGGCCAUUUAAUUUAAAGUGUCUAACACAAUUUUACAUCUUGUUUAAGGCAGAAAAUGUUAAAAUGGUAUUUAUGUCCUAAGCAACGUUGUUGUGAGUCAGUGGGAAUCAGGAAAGCAGCAGAAGGUUAACAAAAAAAAAAUAAAAUCUAAACAGUUGGAGAUGUGAAAGCCUUUGAGGCAAAUGCAAGUCAGCGCAUAAACGUUCAAACCUAAACUCCUUGACUUCUUUGGCUAACUUACACUGUAUAAACCUGACAUCGGUUAAAUGCCUUAUUGCUUUCAUCAUCCUCGAGCAGGGGUAUGCAAACUUUUGCACAUAAACGUAUAUUAAGUCAAAACUCAGCCAAGGUAUUUAAUGUAUCUUUUAGACUACUGUUAUAUUCUACAGAGUGACUUCUGUGCUGAAUAACUUCCAUUUUAGAUGAAAAGCACCGUUGUUGUGAAAGUCGAUGUGGCUUCGAGGCCUUGUGACACAUUUUCGUCCUCAUAAACUUGCAUGUACAGUCGCUCUCUUCCUCGAUACAGAGCUGGAAAUAGAAUGUAGAGCCUCUGUACUUUACGCGUAAUGCGUAUUUCGGCAGAAUAUAUGUCAGUGCUUGUAAUAUAGGUGAGGAUACUCACACACCGAUUCGUUUAGAAAGGGCUGAGAAGAAGACGACAGAGCAGAACGUGACAAGCUGGAGAUCCGCUCCAACAAACCCAACACCGCGUUUAAUAACAACGAGUCAAAGGAGCAACAAAAUGAAUGACGCCGUGUACAUAAGGGAAAACGUGUCAUGGAGAUCGUGUGACCAGACCUUUAACGUUCGGACUUUUAAAAACGACCCCGAUAAAGUUCAAUGCUCAACAACCUGUCCUGAAGUUUCCAUCUCAUCACGAGGAGAGGUGAGGCGAGGCGAGGCGAGGCGAGGUAAGGGAUGGUUCAAGGGGGAAAUGUAAUCAGCAUAGAUUUUCCACAACAGAUUUGUGUUCCACAUUUUCGCUGCCUCUUCUUUUCCACAUCAGUAUCAACAGGCUAAAAGCAAACGGAAGCUGGAGCAAGAGGCACUAAAACCAAAAGGCUGAAAUCAUUACACACACACACACACACACACAGUUUGGUCCAAUCGCUGACCUCAGAUUUUCAAAUCUUGUGCAGGUUUUAAUGUAAAUGAUUGUGUAGAUCUUGUAGCCAUUUCAACGUGAAAAAAUACAGAUUUUUAUUUUACCUACAAGCCUGAUUAACUACUUAAAAUUAAAGUAGCAUUAUGAAUGUACAUAAGACUCGGAUUAUUGGGCCAAAUUUUGUGUAACUGCGUAAUGAUUUCAGCUUUGGAUUAUAAUUAAUGGCUGGAAACAUCUACAUCCUUUCUAAACUUCUAGGAUGUAAAUCGCUUAAAAAUCGUAGAUAAAAAUUGUUUAAAAAAAAAAAAAAAAAAUUCAUUGCAUCGUUUCCGU